GUUAUCAGUGCUCCGAAAUGCGAUUUAAGAUAGCAAAAUAUAAUUAAAAAUCUUGUCUGAUAGUUUUCCUGGACUAUACUCGAUAAAUUUCCUCUUUCAAAUCCAAAAAAAAAAAUGAAAAACAGACUUAUUAUUAGCUAAAAAAAUAAGUGAAAACACCUGGAUCAGUCAAGACUUUAAAAGUUAUAGUACAUUGAAACGAACAGGACGAGGAACAAACAUAAAAAAAUUAAUUAAUUUACCCUUUCCGAAAAAAAAAUCGAUCUAAUUGUUAAAACCCAAAGGAUGAGAUCCAAAUACACAGCCUUUAUCACCCCCUCGUUUUAACUGCUGAAACUUUGUACCGGCCACCGCCCCCAAUUUGAGCUAUCGUAACAGCGCCUUUAAGCCGCGGCGCGUAAUCGCGUAAUUAGCUCUCGUAGUCAUUACAAUCGCUCGAGCAGUUCUCGCGACAGAGACAGUGCGACAGCUGUGUCUGUGUGGCUCUAUCGGGAGAAAAGUGAGAGGCGAACAGCUCCCUGUCUACCACUGAGUCGAGGCGCGAGAAAUAUGGCCACUGACGUCGCGAACUGAUGACGUCCGUUUCCUCGUCGUCGGCGCCCUCGUAGUCUCAGUGCUCCAGGAUACCUACCUACAAGGAAUAAGGACCACCAGCAGCUGUACAUAUAGUGCUGUGCGAGUGACCUGAGUGUAGUAGGCGGCGAGAGAGAGAGAGAGAGAGAGAGAGAGAGAGAGAGAGAGGAGAGAGAGAGAGAGGAGAGGAGAAACUUGGAUAUCGGCGGGACGACAGGUUCCGCACAUCUCGUCGGGAUGAUGAACAUGUGGAAAGUGCGCGAGCUCAUGGACAAGGCGACCAACGUCGUCAUGAACUACACGGACACCGAAGCCAAAGUCCGUGAGGCCACGAACGACGACGCCUGGGGUCCGACAGGUGCCAUGAUGCAAGAACUCGCACAGGCGACCUUCACGUACGAGCAGUUCCCGGAAGUGAUGUCGAUGCUGUGGAAGCGCAUGCUGCAGGAGAACAAGCGCAACUGGCGUCGCACUUACAAAUCACUCUUACUGCUAAACUACCUGGUACGCAACGGCUCGGAACGGGUAGUAACUUCCUCUCGCGAGCACAUCUACGACCUGCGCUCCUUGGAGAACUACUCGUUCAUCGAUGAGUUCGGUAAGGAUCAGGGCAUUAACAUUAGGCACAAAGUGCGCGAGCUCAUCGACUUUAUCCAGGACGACGAUAAACUUAGAGAAGAGCGCAAAAAGGCCAAGAAAAAUAAGGACAAGUAUAUUGGCAUGUCGAGCGAGGCGAUGGGCAUGAGGCUCGGAGGUGGAGGCGGCGGUGGUGACAGAUGGAUGGAUAACCCUAAAUGGGCGAGCAAUAAGUCCAGCGGCGGUGGAGGAGACGGAUACAAUGACUGGGAUAGAGGUGAUAACAGAUCGAGGGGCUUUGAGGAUGCAAAUAAUAGCGACGAUGGUGAGAGAGAAGACUCGGACAACGAGACGCACACGAGUCCGCGUAAGAAUCCAGGCACGGGAGAGCGACGCGAGUACAGAGACACGAUGGAGAGCGUAGAUAGGGUGCCAAAGCCUGUGACCACUCCAGCGACUAACACAACGUCGCCUGUGCGAGCACCAAGAACCAUUAAGAAGGUCGACCUGGGUGCUGCAGCCAAUUACGGCAAAGAUCAACCAAAUCUUAUGACUUCACCUGUAAAGCAGCCCCCGCAGAGAAGUAGAAACGAAAUCCUUAAUGAUAUAUUCGAUUCACAAAACGAUAACAAUGGCACAGUCACAAAAACAGAUAACGACGACGACGACUUCAAUCCUCGUGCUGAUAACUAUGCUCCCUUGUCGACAAGUCAGAACGUCUCCAGUGGUGACUUUGGCGACUUCACCUCAGCGUUUGGUUCUCCGCCAACUAGCAAACAGCAAGAGUCGGGUGGCGACGAGUUUGCCGAUUUUACCUCGGCCUUCGAUUCGGGUUUGAGCAUCUCCCAGCAGCCGCCACAGCCACAACAGCCUCAGAUCUCACUGAUCGGAGCCACCAUUCCGAAUAUCGGUAACCCGAUGGCAGAUAACCUCAUGGCACCGAUUGGUACCCAAGUUAACACCGGAUUCGGAGCUGGAAAUGAUCUGUUUAACACGAUGCAGUCGCAGACCCUUGUCAAUCAGCCACAAACCAUCAAUAAUAGCAAUAAUAAUACGACAAUGUCAAACACUGAUUUACUUUCGGAUCUGGCUGGAUUCAAUGCUCCAUUAGCGCCGACGAAUAAUCUUAAUAACGCAAACUUGUUUAAUUCUGAUACCAGUCCAUUUAAUAAUACAGCUUCAUCUGGAAAGAUCAAAGAGCGACACACUUACGAAAAAUUGGCAAACCAGCAUCUCUUGGAAAUCUUACAAACUGUUUCAUCAAGCAAGAGUCAGAACAGUCUCAAACAACUCCGAGGCCGAAUUCUGGAGUAUUCGAAAUUUUUACCAGGACCAUUAACUCCGCAAAAAUUCAUCGGCCUUGAUAUCUCUUACGAAUUAGAUGUCAUACUGUACAGUCGAGUAUUGGAGAAUUUGGUACAUAUUUUUGAUCCUAACUGGCCUUUAAUGGAAGGACAACUUGAUCAGUCCAUUAGAGAUGUUUUUAUUGUGGACGGUGCCAACUGUCAAAUACUCAACGAAUCGCUUCUGAUACUCACGCAGGAACUCAAAGUAACUGAAGAUUUCAGCGUUAUGAAAUGCUUUGCAGUUUUUCUAGAGGAGUUGAUCAAAAGCGAUGCUAUUUUAUCAGCUAUGGUGAUUUCUAGUCGAGCUACUGGUGUAAGUGAUUUUGAGAGAAGUACUGAGCACGAAAUCUGGCAGAGAAUCAUCCAAAUUGUUAUCUCGUUACCGAAUCGAGUGGCUAACAGAAUGCAGAGAAGCCUUCUCGAUACAUUUAAGCUGAAGAACUUUACAAGUAUUCUCAGCUUUCAUGUCACCCGAGCUAUUUAUUUUUUGAAUGAAGCCACCUAUCAGAAUAAAACUGAAGUGGAUACAAAAAUUAUUUCUAUGCUGCUCAGUAAAAUGUUUUUAAUUCUGAGUAGAGAUGAUUUGAGGCCCUUAGUAGAUAUCAUAGUAGAAUGGUGUAUAUCAAAAGUGAAUAACAUUCAAUUAUUAAUACACAAAAUCCUGCUUGAAAUUGAUUCGCAUGGCAACGAAAAUCUUGCAAUCAUGUUUAUGAAGCAUCUCAAAUUUACCCCCGAUAUUCUCGGUAACUUGGUAAUAAACGAGAACUGGCGUCACGCUUUAAUCACGAGAAUUCCGUUGAUGUCCUGGUACAAUGACGACAGGAUUCUCAAAAACUUCGUUUCCUAUCUUUUCUGUACUCAAACCAGCAAUGACAGAAUUCUCGUUAACUUAGUAAUUAAUCUAUUAGACGUUUGGGGAGAUCAAAGUGCAUUGAACCACACGACGUUCGACCAGCAUCUGUACAUCACUAAACUCAUAAUUUUAUCCGUGAAAUGUAUGAAAGGACGGAUUAUACCAAGCGAAAGAGAUCAGAUCUUAAAGCUUGUCUUCUCUGGUAUUCCCACGCAUUUGGGAUCAACUGACGUAGCAAUUCGAGGCAUUGGGAUGAUCACUGGCGAGACGCUCACUAGUUUAUUAAUACACGACAGUGAGGUCGAAAAGUUAAAAUUUGAAUAUGAUGGAAUGGGCAAGAAUAUUUUAAUAUUGAUCGAAACUUUGAAGAAUCUUAAGAAUGAGUCUCCUGGAGAAAAAAUGGAAGAGAGUGAAGUACUCACCCUUGGUGAAAUAGAAUUUGAAAAUAUAGGUGAUAAGAAGUUGUUUGAGUUAGGAGUAGAAUGUAAAAUCCUGAAGAAUAUCUCGUUUACAGUCUCACAGGAAUUUGUACGAAAUCCAGACGUAAAUCAAUCGAUCAUAUCACAAAAAUCAACUAACACCACAUCUCAAAUUUUACCCGCUCAGCUCGAAGAAGAACUUGACAGUGAUGAUGAUCUAGUACCCUACGACUUAUCAAAUGACAUCAAAUCUAGUGAGAAGCUCAAACCUCUCUACCUUCGAGACAUUAGAGACAACCUCGUCCAUACGGAGUCCAAAGACCCGGAGAAAAGUACAGAAAUUUUCGAAGAAACUCUUAAAGUCAGCGAGGAGCUGAUUCUUAUGCAGCUACAAAAUGACGAUCCAAGCUUUGCCUGUGAACUACUCGAGAUCUUUCUGUCACUUCAGGAGCGCAGCUCCGUCGAAAAUUUUGAAGUCUUAGUGUUCAAGGCUUGCAUAGCUAUUGUUACGGUUCACCCAAAGCAGACUGCAGAAUAUAUCUGCAAACAAUUUCACUCUGAACUAUCCAAGUAUUCCGUUCAAGACCGGCUACUGAUGCUGAACGUUUUGUGCGAGGCUGCGAAUCGGCUCUCAGCUGUCGAAAUCUCUAAAGCAGAUAUCGCCACCAAAGAAGUCGCAAUUCCAGCAAAGAAAAAGAAACUAAGUAAACCUGUAAGUCUUUUCAUUGAAACAGACAAGUCAAAGAAGUACGAGACCCUCUACGAAGACGACUUCGACGACUCGAUCGAAGAAGCCAGUCUAGGGGUUGACUGGCACGAGGUGGUCCAACGGCGCAUUUCCACUAAGACUCGUCACUUCGCUCACAGCACAAAGCUCCCUAGCACCACUGUCAACAAAUUCGGCAACGUAGUCGACUCUUUUUUCUAUCCACUUAUUCACGGCUUCGGUAACGCCAGGCACAGUUUUAUGUACGAAUUGCCUCGCAGCUAUCAUGAUCAAGAGUGCAUUUUGUUAACUCGUUUUUUGGAAACUCUAGCUUCGAUUAUGACAAAUGCACAAAACUGCACGGCAGCUCCAAGGAUGGCCAAAGAAAUAUUAGAGUUAGCUUGGGUGUUGAGAUAUCAUGACAACGCCAAGGUCAGGCUAGCGGUGGUCAAAUGUGUUGCUGCGGUGCUGGUCAGUGUGCCGGAAUUUGAAUUGAAGGGAAAUUUGCUAAGCGCGUUAAUGGAGAUCAGAAUGUGGUUGAUUGAUUUAACACAAAAUACAUUCAAAGGAGAUCCAGAUAGAGACUGCAAAGAGUUAGGAAGACACGUGCUGUAUCUUGUUGGUUCCGUUGUGCAGGGAAUGAUCUAAGCUUCGUGAAUAUAAAGAAAACUUGUUAUACUAUGUUUCUGAAUCGUAAAAUGAGCAAUAAUGAAAGAUAAAACGUGAUACGUACUAUAUUUUAAUAUGUAUACAUAUUUUCACUUCUGUACAUACUGCUAAUACUAUUAGUAAUCAUUAAUUUUCAUGAAAUGUAUAAUGUGUUCAAGUUAUUAUCAUACUACUGCAAAUGUACUUUAAAAAAAAAAUAGAAUUUUGCAUUCAAUAAAUCUAAGUUUUUCUUGUAUAAUCAA